AUGGUCUCCAAAAUUGCCAUUGCGCAUGUUCUAUUCCAGGUUUUUCUCUGCCAAAAGUUUCAACCUUUAGAAGCACAAACUUGGGUACAAGCUGGUUAUUGGUAUUCUGGGAGUGGAUUUCCCAUUUCAGAUAUCAACUCAGCUCUAUAUACUCACCUCAUAUGUGCUUUUGCUGAAGUGAACUCUUCUUCAUAUGAGCUCUCUGUCUCCCCAGAUGAUGAGCAAUCCUUCUCUUCAUUCACAGCUACUGUCAAACAAAAGAACCCAUCCAUCACUACACUUCUUUCCAUUGGUGGUGGAAAUGGUAAUUACACUGUCUUAUCAUCAAUGGUACGCAGUUCUUCUUCAAGGAAAUCUUUCAUUCAAUCUUCAAUAAAAAUAGCCAUGCUUUAUGGGUUUCAAGGCUUGGACCUGUCUUGGGCUACUGUUGAGACAAGUUCUGACACGAGCAAUAUGGGAAGGCUUUUUGAAGAGUGGAGAGCAGCAGCAAAAUCUGAGGCAGAAAAUAACUCUUCUACUACUGAGUUGAUCUUAACUGCAUCUGUUCAAUUUAGACCAGUUUUGGCUUUUUCAUCUUACCCGGUGGAGUCUAUUCAGAGUAACUUGAAUUGGGUAACUGUUAUGGCCUUUGAUUACUACAUGCCCCAGCGGACAAAUUUUACUGCUGCAUUUGCAGCCUUGUAUGACCCUUCAAGUUAUGUAAACACAGACAGUGGUAUAAAGGAAUGGAUUGGUAGUGGAGUAGCAGCUAACAAGUUGAUUUUGGGGUUUGCUUUCUAUGGAUAUGCUUGGAAACUUAGAAACUCCAAGGAAAAUUCAAUAGGUGCAUCAGCAACAGGUCCAGCAAUUACAGAAGGGGGAGAUAUGAGCUAUAAGGAUAUUAAGGCUUAUAUUCAACGAUAUGGAGCUAUAGUCCUGUACAAUGCUACUUAUGUAGUCAAUUACUUCUCCGUUGGAUCAACUUGGAUAGAUUUUGAUGAUGUUGAGGUCAUCAAAAUUAAGGUGUCUUAUGCCAAGGAAAAGAAGUUGCUUGGUUACGCUGUGUGGCAAGUUCCUUAUGAUGACAAUUGGGUGCUUUCUAGUGCUGCAGCUGAACAGGUUGACCAAAAUAGACACCAUAGUCGGCGAUUAUUAGUGAUAAUUUUGAUCACAACCUCUCUGUCUAUUCUCCUAUUCGGCAUCUUAAUUUACUACCUAAGGAGGAGAUUCUUCAAACCAACAGUUAAUGCAUCCAGAAAUUCAAGAUCUAAUGUGAAUAAAGACGCUUCAGAACUUUUUCACGGCAAUGCUCCUGAUUUACAAGUUUUCAGCUAUUCUGAUAUUGUGCUGGCUACUGAUGGAUUUUCAAUUGAAAAAAAGCUUGGCCAGGGUGGCUAUGGUCCUGUUUACAAGGGCAUCCUACCUGAUGGUCAAGAAAUAGCUGUGAAAAAGCUAUCUAAAGCAUCUACACAAGGAUUUGAAGAAUUCAAAACUGAAGUGAUGUUAACUGCUAGACUUCAACAUGUGAAUCAUGUUCGGCUGUUGGGUUACUAUAUUGACGGAGAAGAACAAAUGUUGAUCUACGAAUACAUGCCAAACAAAAGCCUAGACUUCUACCUAUUUGACCCUAUGAGGAAGUUCCUUCUGGAUUGGGGAAAACGCAUAGAUAUCAUUGAAGGAAUUAUUCAGGGGCUUCUUUAUCUACAAGAAUAUUCUAGAUUGACAAUAAUCCAUAGAGACAUAAAAGCUAGCAAUAUUUUGUUAGACAGUGAGAUGAAACCAAAAAUCUCAGACUUUGGUAUGGCAAGGAUAUUCAGAAAAGACAAACAUGAAGCAAACACUAGCAAAAUUGUGGGAACAUAUGGUUAUGUUUCUCCUGAAUAUGUUAUGAAAGGCUUGUAUUCUACUAAAUCCGAUGUGUACAACUUUGGGGUUCUACUUCUACAAAUUGUAAGUGGUAGGAAGGUGGCAUGCCUUUAUGGUGAACAUGAAAAUUUAAACCUUAUGGAGUAUGCUUAUGAGCUUUGGAAAGAAGGGAAAGGCAUGGAUUUUACGGACCCUUCACUUGAUGACAUGAGUUCAACAUGUAAACUAUUAAAGUGCAUGCAAAUAGCUCUAUUAUGCGUGCAAGAAGAUGCAAAUGAUAGACCCUCUGUGAAGGAAAUUUCUUCAAUGUUGAAAAAUGACAAUAUUCAGACAAUUCCCAAAAGGCCUGCAUUUUCAACAAAUAAAGCUCCGAAUGAAUUUAUUAUGCAUCGAGAAAAAUGUUCAGUCAACGAUGCAUCAAUCUCUGAAGCUGUGGCUCGAUAG